GCCACCCCACGCACACGCACACCCCCCGCCCUCCCCACGCCCCCCACCCCGGGAGGGGGGAGAGAGAGGCAAAAAGUAAGAGAGGAAAAAAAAUAGCAGGAAGAUGGCGCCCACCAAGCCCAGCUUUCAGCAGGAUCCUUCCAGGCGAGAACGUUUACAAGCAUUGAGAAAGGAGAAGUCUCGGGAUGCUGCUCGCUCCCGCCGGGGAAAAGAAAACUUUGAGUUUUAUGAAUUGGCCAAGUUGUUGCCUCUUCCUGCAGCCAUCACUAGCCAGCUUGACAAGGCCUCCAUCAUUCGACUUACAAUCAGCUAUCUGAAAAUGAGGGACUUUGCUAACCAGGGGGACCCUCCGUGGAACCUGCGGAUGGAAGGCCCUCCACCGAACACAUCAGUCAAAGUUAUAGGUGCACAAAGAAGGAGAAGCCCCAGUGCACUGGCCAUUGAAGUAUUUGAAGCACAUUUGGGAAGUCACAUUUUGCAGUCCCUGGAUGGCUUUGUAUUUGCACUAAAUCAAGAAGGAAAAUUUUUGUACAUUUCUGAAACAGUCUCCAUCUACCUAGGCCUCUCACAAGUGGAGCUGACAGGCAGCAGCGUCUUUGACUAUGUCCAUCCCGGAGACCACGUGGAGAUGGCAGAGCAGCUGGGCAUGAAGCUCCCGCCUGGGCGGGGUCUCCUCUCCCAGGGCACAGCUGAAGAUGGAGCCAGUUCAGCGUCUUCCUCCUCCCAGUCGGAGACCCCUGAGCCAGUGGAAUCAACCAGCCCCAGUCUGCUAACCACUGACAACACCCUUGAGCGUUCCUUUUUCAUCCGAAUGAAAUCUACUCUGACCAAACGCGGCGUGCACAUCAAAUCAUCAGGAUAUAAGGUGAUUCACAUAACAGGCCGGCUACGACUGAGGGUGUCGCUGUCCCACGGGAGGACUGUCCCCAGCCAAAUCAUGGGUCUCGUGGUCGUGGCUCAUGCCUUGCCUCCACCUACGAUCAAUGAAGUCAGAAUUGACUGCCAUAUGUUCGUCACUAGAGUAAAUAUGGACCUCAAUAUCAUUUACUGUGAAAAUAGGAUUAGUGACUAUAUGGAUCUGACCCCCGUAGACAUCGUAGGGAAGAGAUGCUACCACUUCAUCCACGCUGAAGACGUGGAGGGCAUCAGGCACAGUCACCUGGACCUGCUGAAUAAGGGCCAGUGUGUGACCAAGUACUAUCGUUGGAUGCAGAAGAAUGGAGGAUACAUUUGGAUACAGUCUAGUGCCACCAUAGCUAUUAAUGCCAAGAACGCCAAUGAGAAGAAUAUCAUCUGGGUGAAUUAUCUUCUUAGCAACCCUGAGUACAAAGACACGCCGAUGGACAUUGCACAGCUCCCCCACCUGCCAGAGAAAACUUCAGAAUCCUCAGAGACAUCCGACUCUGAAUCCGACUCUAAAGACACCUCAGGUAUUACAGAGGAUAAUGAGAACUCCAAGUCCGAUGAGAAGGGGAAUCAGUCCGAGAACAGCGAAGACCCAGAGCCCGACCGGAAGAAGUCGGGCAACACGUGCGACAACGACAUGAACUGCAACGACGACGGCCACAGCUCCAGCAACCCAGACAGCCGCGACAGCGAUGACAGCUUCGAGCACUCCGACUUUGAGAACCCCAAGGCGGCGGAGGACGGCGGCGGCGGCUUCGGCGCGCUGGGCCCCAUGCAGAUCAAGGUCGAGCGCUACGUGGAGAGCGAGUCGGACCUGCGGCUGCAGAACUGCGAGUCGCUGUCCUCCGACAGCGCCAAGGACUCGGACAGCGCGGGCGAGGGGGGCGCGCAGGCCUCCAGCAAGCAUCAGAAACGCAAGAAGAGGCGGAAACGGCAGAAGGGCGGCAGCGCCAGUCGCCGGCGCCUAUCCAGCACGUCGAGCCCCGGCGGCCUGGACACGGGCCUGGUGGAACCCCCGCGGCUGCUGUCCUCCCCCAACAGUGCCUCGGUGCUCAAGAUCAAGACGGAGAUCUCGGAACCCAUCAACUUCGACAACGACAGCAGCAUCUGGAACUACCCGCCCAACCGGGAGAUCUCCCGUAACGAGUCGCCCUACAGCAUGACCAAGCCCCCCAGCUCGGAGCACUUCCCGUCCCCGCCGGGCGGCACGGGCGGCGGGGGGCUGCACGUGGCCAUCCCCGACUCGGUCCUCACCCCGCCCGGCGCCGACGGCACCGCCGCAGCCCGCGGCAAGACUCAGUUCAGCUCCUCGGCUCCCGCGGCCUUGGCCCCCGUCGCCUCCGACCCGCUGUCGCCCCCGCUCUCGGCGUCCCCGCGGGACAAGCACCCCGGGGGCGGGAGCAGUGGUAGUGGUGGCGGUGGCGGCGGCGGCGGCGGCGGCGGCGGCAGCAGCGCCCCGGGCGCCUCCAACUCCUUGCUGUACACUGGGGACCUGGAGGCGCUGCAGCGGUUGCAAGCUGGCAACGUCGUGCUGCCGCUGGUGCAUAGGGUGACCGGGACCCUGGCGGCCACCAGCACGGCCGCGCAGAGGGUCUACACCACGGGCACCAUCCGCUACGCGCCGGCCGAGGUGACCCUGGCCAUGCAGGGCAACCUGCUGCCCAAUGCGCACGCUGUUAACUUCGUGGACGUUAACAGCCCCGGCUUCGGCCUCGACCCCAAGACGCCCAUGGAGAUGCUCUACCACCACGUGCACCGGCUCAACAUGUCGGGACCCUUCGGCGGCGCAGUGAGCGCGGCCAGCCUGACGCAGAUGCCCGCCGGCAACGUGUUCACCACGGCUGAGGGACUCUUCUCCACGCUGCCCUUCCCAGUCUACAGCAACGGCAUCCACGCGGCACAGACUUUGGAGCGCAAGGAGGACUGAGCGCCGCCCCGUGCGGCCUGGGGCCCCGCCCGGAGGCAUCGUCGGCGUUUUCGUUUAGACCUUUGAUUCUAGCACUUUGAAUUCGAGCAGGUCAGCAUCUUCUCUCACCACGACGGUCCCCUUCCCGUCCCCCCUUUCUUUCACUUGACUCAUUCUUUCCUGUAAAGAUAUGUUUAUUUUUGGCCUUCAGAGGGUCAGAUGACCAGUUGCCUGCCAUUUUGUCUUCUUCUGAGAUGUGUGUUGGGUUGUUUUGCUUUCCUUUGCAUCUUUAUUAAGAUGUCUUUACUGUGUAUAUGCCUCUGCCAUAGAAUACUCAGUCUUGUGGUCAAGAGAAUUCUCAAGUGACAACCAUUGGGUUUUCUUCCUAAAGAUCUUGAUAUGAUCAAGAUUGAAAGAGACAAGCAUAAACAAUGUGCCCUGUUUGACUAAGUCA